AUGUCGACCAACUUCCGCGAUCGCGCCAUCGCAGAGGUGCAGAAGGCGAUCACAGCCGACCACAACAAGGAGUACCAAAAAGCCUUCGACCUAUACAUGUCCUCCAUGGAGCUCUGGGUCAAGGCCCUCAAGUGGGAGAAGAACAAGGCCCUCAAAGUCACCAUGCAGGAGAAGAUGGCGACGUACCUCGACCGCGCAGAGAAGCUCAAGCAAUUCCUCGCCGCUGAGAACGAGAGCGCAAACGGCGGCGGCGGAAAGGCCAUCAUGGGCGCUAACGGCAGCUCGACUGGCAAGGGGAAGCCGCAGGCUGGCGAGGACGACGACAGCAAGAAGUUGCGCAACGCGCUGUCUGGUGCUAUUCUCCAGGAGAGGCCCAACGUGCGGUGGGAGGAUAUCGCUGGUCUCGAGGGUGCGAAGGAGACGCUGAAGGAGGCUGUUGUCCUCCCCAUCAAGUUCCCCAGUCUGUUCCAGGGCAAGCGACAGGCGUGGAAGGGUAUUCUGCUGUACGGUCCUCCAGGAACGGGUAAAAGUUACCUCGCCAAGGCUGUAGCGACAGAAGCAAACAGUACCUUUUUCAGUAUCAGCAGUUCCGACUUGGUCAGCAAAUGGAUGGGUGAAAGUGAAAGACUCGUCAAGCUCCUCUUCUCCAUGGCGCGCGAAAACAAGCCCUCGGUUAUCUUCAUCGACGAGAUCGAUGCCCUGUGCGGCCCAAGAGGUGAAGGCGAAUCCGAGGCCUCACGUCGUAUAAAGACCGAGAUACUUGUUCAGAUGGACGGUGUAGGCAACGACAGCAAGGGUAUUCUGGUCCUGGGCGCCACCAAUAUUCCCUGGCAAUUAGACGCUGCUAUCCGCCGACGUUUCCAGCGCCGUGUGCAUAUUGGUCUUCCCGACAUGAACGGUCGCGCGCGCAUGUUCAAGCUAGCCAUCGGCGAUACUGAGACCUCGCUCCAGGCCAGCGAUUACAAUGUUCUUGCAGCGAAGUCAGAGGGAAUGUCUGGCAGUGAUAUCGCCAACGUUGUUCAAUCCGCUCUCAUGCGACCAGUCCGCAAGAUUCUACAAGCCACACACUUCAAGCCUGUUAUGAAAGACGGCAAGCGCAUGUUGACGCCCUGCUCACCAGGCGACCCCGAAAAGAUCGAGAUGACAUACGACGACGUCUCAUCCGACGAACUACUUGCACCAGAUGUAGCGCUGAAGGAUUUCGAGAUGGCGCUUGACGAUUCGCAUCCAACUGUUUCCAAGGAUGAUAUUGCAAGGCAGAUUGAGUGGACCAAUGAAUUUGGAAGCGAGGGCGCAUGA